UGAAGGCUUCUAUUUUCUCCACUUCCCCCCAGCAAGGAAUGCUGUGACUGUGGAUGGUCCAGAACGCUGCCCGAGGAAGGAGAGCCAGCGCCAGCCCUGGGCUAAAAUAACCAGACUGGAAAAGAGCAAGGAAGGGAGGGGGAAGCAAAACACAGAGAAGAAAACAGCUACAGAACACACAUCCCCUCACAACAUCUUCACACAUUGCCGUGCCUUGUUGAGAAAUACAGCUAUAUAAGUCCACACACAGAAACCACACAGUUUAUCUGUUUUCCUUUGCCACCAUGUGUCAUCGUCUUUGGCAGAAUUAAGAAGCAGCCACUGGCAUUUCGGCCUGAAAAAGGGACGCAUGAGGAGGAAGAAGAGCCAGCAAACCUCAGAAUCAGUCUCCAGACAUCUGUCCUAUUUCUGCAGUAGCAACGUUGUAAAGUAGACAAGAGAUUUUAAAAAAAAGGUGUGAGUGGGAAGAAAAAAGGAACUUCUAGGGGAUUCUCCUACUUUUUUUUUUUUUUUUGAAAAAAAAAAAAUCAGAGAGAGAGAGUGCCGCACACAGAUUUUUCUCUUCUCAAUAUUGCACACGGACAUUCACUUGCACGGACACCAACCAUGAUGUUUCGAGACCAGGUUGGAGUGCUGGCAGGUUGGUUCAAAGGCUGGAACGAGUGUGAACAGACGGUCGCUUUGCUUUCCUUACUGAAGCGAGUCAGUCGGAGUCAGGCCCGUUUCCUUCAGCUCUGCCUCGAGCAUUCCCUGGCUGACUGCACAGAACUGCACGUUCUGGAAAAUGAAGCCAACAGCCCUGGAAUCAUUAACCAGUGGCAGCAAGAAUCAAAGGACAAAGUAAUUUCUCUAUUGCUCACCCACCUGCCUUUGCUGAAGCCAGGGAAUAUUGAAGGAAAAGUGGAGUACAUGAAACUCCUUCCCAAAAUCCUGGCUCAUUCAAUCGAACACAAUCAACACAUAGAGGAGAGCAGGCAACUCCUGUCCUAUGCUUUGAUCCAUCCUGCCACAUCCCUGGAGGACAGGAGUGCUCUUGCCAUGUGGUUGAACCACUUGGAGGACCGCACAUCAGGGACUUUUGGCAGCCAAAACAGAGGCCGGUCUGACUCGGUGGAUUACGGGCAGUCACAUUACUAUCACCAAAGACAGAACUCGGAUGAUAAACUCAACGGGUGGCAGAGCUCUCGGGACUCUGGCAUAUGUGUGAAUGCCUCCAGCUGGCAGGAUAAAAACCUGGGGUGUGAGAAUGGUCACCUCCCUCUCUAUUCCUCGUCCUCCGUUCCUGCAACCAUCAACACGAUUGGGACUGGCACAGGCACAAUUCUCUCGAGUCAGACCCAUCACAGCCCUCUGAAACGGUCUGUGUCCCUUACCCCACCCAUGACUGUGCCUAGCCAGCCCCUAGGACACGGAUGGAUGUCUCAUGAGGACUUGCGGGAUAGAGGACCUCAGGGCAUCCCUUCCGAUCAUGCCCCCUUGUCUCCGCAAAGCAGUGUAGCCUCUUCAGGGAGUGGUGGGAGUGAACAUUUAGAAGAUCAGACUUCUACUCGUAACACAUUCCAGGAAGAAGGGAGUGGUAUGAAAGAUGUUCCUGCCUGGCUCAAAAGUCUGCGCCUCCAUAAGUACGCUGCCCUUUUUUCCCAGAUGACAUACGAUGAAAUGAUGUCCUUGACUGAAUGUCAGCUUGAGGCUCAAGAUAUUCUGGAAGGAGGCAAUCUACGCCUCCCGCUGCAGGAGCUUCACCAAAUGAUCCUUACCCCAAUCAAAGCAUACUCUUCUCGGAACCUGACAGUGGAUGAGCACAGCCGGGAUUCUCAGCUCCAUCGACCAACUUCUCUGAUUGGCUCAGACAACCCAGGGUCAGAUUGCAAGGACUCGGCCUCAGGAGGGAUGCAGCAUCACACCUUACCAGGUUGUGAGGGAGAAUCUGGAGGGGCCCCUUUGCCAGAAGGUGACAUCCCAGGACAGUUUACUAAAGUGAUGGGGAAAGUUUGUACCCAGCUCCUUGUCUCCAGACCUGAUGAGGAGAAUAUAAGCUCCUAUCUGCAACUCAUAGACAAAUGCCUAAUUCAUGAGGCAUUUACAGAGACACAGAAGAAAAGACUGUUGUCAUGGAAACAGCAGGUGCAAAAACUAUUCAGGUCUUUCCCUCGCAAAUCCAUCUUAGAUCUCUCGGGAUACCGGCAGCAAAGGACCCGAGGUUUUGGCCAGUCAAACUCCUUACCGACAGCUGGAUCUGCAGGUGCAGGAAUGGGCAGGAGAAACCUACGCCAGUUCCAAAUCCCCUCCCGGAAUCUCCCCACCACGCGGCUGGGGCUUUUGGGUCCCAGUGGCCUCCUAGGAGCCAGCCAGCGCAACGGAGCUGCCAAUCCCACCAUCUUAAAGCAAGGAAGACAGAAUCUUUGGUUUGCAAAUCCAGGAGGAAGUAACAGUAUGCCCAGCCGAAGCCAUAGUUCUGUACAGAGGACCCGCUCACUGCCUGUCCACACCUCUCCGCAGACAAUGCUUAUGUUUCAGCAACCUGAGUUCCAGGUCCCAGUGACAGAACCUGAUAUCAAUAAUAGGCUGGAGUCCUUAUGCCUCAGUAUGACUGAACAUGCCCUGGGAGAUGGUGUUGACAGAACCUCAACUAUCUAGAAGAUGGAAGAAUCUGCAGUGACAGCGCUGGCCGUGAGAAAAUUUGGCUGCUGGACCAGUGGUAGAUUUGAUGAGUCCCUUGUCAUGCUAAGGAUCCCUGGAGAUACUUUGCAUCCUUUUCAUUGCUGUUUCCUUCUGUUCUUCUCUCUGCCUUCUCUCUCUUCUCCAUCUCUGUUUUCAUUUUGUGAAGGGCUGCUUAUCUUAAUGGUUAAGUCAGAAGCAACACAGCAGUUGUGUCAUCGGAGACAGCACACACACAAAGAAAACAUCUGGAGGAAGCAAAGCAAGUUGGGGGGCUUCACCUAAGGGCUGGCAUCCUGGUGCAUGUCUUAAAAGUAUCUAAGGGCAGGCAUCUUAGUAGCAAGGGAAUAGGCAAGAGGUCUCCAGUGGAAUUGGGGGCGAGGGGCAUGUUAGAUGCAAGUCUUCUAUAUGAAGGAGACAUUUAAGUAUAUUAUUGAAGCAUGGUCAAGAAGAGGGGAAUAAUGCAUUGGCUGUCUGUAAAUAUGAGCUGUAUUUCACUGACAUUCAAGCCACAAUGGGAGCUGUGGUUUCAUUGAGUGGGAUGGAACGGAAACACAGAAGGCCAAUUGGUUUUGCCUCAGUGACAUUAAAAAAACUAGCUUUGAAUCCUGAGCAUUGUUUACAAAUGAAGGCGGAUAGAAAAGAGCAUGUUACACGUGCUUCAAACUCCACCUUCCUUCUUCUCCUGCAGAGAAACAAUGGGGUAAGCCAGCCUAAUUUCCAAACUUGCCCCUGGAGAGCCAUCGUGCAUGGCCAAAGUUCCUGCUGCUCUGGGAAACUACCAGUGCCCCAGUCCCAGUUGCCACGUUCCUGUAUGAGAUUGUAUGUACAUGGUGCAGAUGAAAUCUCUUGAAGAGAUCCAGUGGCCGGGAUAAGGACACCCCAAGAGAAAGGGAAACCAGCAGGUUCAGCUAGUCCAAGAAGAAACAGAUCAAAGCCCUGUGAUCUUGGAGGAACCAGGGAUUCCCACUUUUCUUCUCAUCUUGCCAUAAUAAUAGAUCUUUUGCAUGGUACCUGUGGGUGUGUGCGUGUGUGUGCGUG